AUGCGUAUUUGUUAUUAUGACUUGCUCGGCGUUGAACGUCAAGCAACUGCUCUUGAUAUCAAAAAAGCGUAUAGAAAGCAAGCCUUGAUCUGGCAUCCGGAUAAAAACGGUGACAGAAUUGGAGAAGCCACAGAACGUUUCUCGUUAAUUCAAGAAGCAUAUGAAGUUCUGUCCGACGACCAAGAGAGAUCUUGGUAUGACGGUCAUCGUGAUUCGAUUUUAUGUGGCGAUGACAGUAAAAACCAAAGAGAUAGUAGUGCUGGUACAAACGCUGAAGAUUUAAUGAGAUACUUUAGUGUCUCCGAAUUUAAAGGAUAUGAAGACACACCAAAGGGAUUCUACAAUGUCUAUCGCAACCUGUUUCAAAAGCUCGCAAAUGAAGAAGAGGAAGCGUAUCGUAAUAACCCACCUGAGGACGAGGAUGAAAGACAUUCAGCGACAUCUUACCCGUUAUUUGGAAAUGCAAGCACACCUUAUGCAGAUGCCGAGGGCUACUUGGGCUACGGUGCCUAUGUCAAGGAUUUUUAUGGUGCUUGGUCAAACUUUACAUCCUAUAAAUCCUUUAUCUGGAUGGAUAAGUGGAGGUUAUCGGAUGCUCCUAGUAGACUUGUAAGAAGAGCCAUGGAGAAGGAAAAUAAAAAAGCAAGAGAGACUGGUAGAAAAGAAUAUCAAGAUACUGUCAGAAAUCUUGCAGAGUAUGUUCGUAAACGUGAUCCCAGAGUAAAAGCAUAUUUAGUGGAGGAACAGAAAAGAAAGGAAGGUGUUGCUGCGGACCUGAAGGCACGUGUGCAACGUGAGAAGCAAGAGUUGCAAGCAAAAGCGGCUGAUUACCAAACACCUGAAUGGGCUAAAGUAGAACAAGAAGAGGUAUUCACAGACGAGGAAGAUGACAAAGAGGAAGAGGUGAUGGAUGAGUUUUAUUGUGUUGUAUGUGACAAAGCCUACCGAAGUGAGAAACAGUUUACAACACAUGAAAGUAGUAAGCGACAUUUAGAAAAUGUCGAGAUACUUCGUCAAGAAAUGCUUGCGGAUGAAGAAAAUUUCGGCAUGGAGAAUAUAUCUGAAGAGAUAGAUCCAGGAAUUCCUAUAGAAUUAGAACAGGUAUCUGACCAAAUAGACGAUCUAGACUUGGAAGAGGUAGUGUCCUCUAAUAAAAAAAACAAGAAGAAGAAUAAAAAGAAGGCAGCUCCUCGUUGGGGAUAUGAUGAAGAUGAUGUCCCUGAAGAUUUAGAUGAUAUGGAUGCACUUGCUGCUGCAUUAGAGGAAGAAAGAACACGAAGAAGAAGAAAAGGCGGUAAACCAUCACCAUCAGUCGUCGUUACAGAGGAGACAGCAAGUAAAGAACCUGUUACUGAAUCAAUAAUAGUCGAAUCAGAGGCUGUACCUGUGGAAAAAGAAAGUGCCAAAACUAAAAGAGAGAAAAGAAAGGAAAAGAAAAAGUUGAAGGAGGAAAAUGAACUUACAGAGGUAAAAAUAGAAGAUGAACCAUCCCCCCCCCCCUUGCUCUCCAUACUUAUUUCGUCCAUAGAAUGA